AUGGAAACUCUCUGCGGAGCCAUGGGGAUCCUCCGUCACCGUCAGUCCUCCGUCACAUCAGUCCUCCGUCACGUCAGUCCUCCGUCACGUCAGUCCCUUGUCAGUCCUCCGUCACCGUCAGUCCCUCGUCAGUCCUCCGUCACCGUCAGUCCCUUGUCAGUCCUCCGUCAGUCCUCCGUCACCCCCUCGUCAGUCCUCCGUCAGUCCUCCGUCACCGUCAGUCCUCCGUCACAGUCAGUCCCUCGUCAGUCCUCCGUCACCGUCAGUCCCUCGUCAGUCCCUCGUCAGUCCUCCGUCAGUCCUCCGUCACCGUCUGUCCUCCGUCACCGUCAGUCCCUCGUCACCGUCAGUCCCUCGUCACGUCAGUCCUCCGUCACGUCAAUCCCUCGUCAGUCCUCCGUCACCGUCAGUCCCUCGUCACGUCAGUCCUCCGUCACCGUCAGUCCCUCGUCACGUCAGUCCCUCGUCACCGUCAGUCCUCCGUCACCGUCAGUCCCUCGUCACCGUCAGUCCUCCGUCACGUCAGUCCUCGUCACGUCAGUCCUCCGUCACCGUCAGUCCCUCGUCACCGUCAGUCCUCCGUCACCGUCAGUCCUCCGUCACCAUCAGUCCUCCGUCACCGUCAGUCCUCCGUCACCGUCAGUCCCUCGUCACCGUCAGUCCUCCGUCACCUCCGUCACCGUCAUCCUCCGUCACGUCAGUCCUCCGUCACGUCAGUCCUCCGUCACCGUCAGUCCUCCGUCACCGUCAGUCCUCCGUCACGUCACGUCAGUCCUCCGUCAGUCCCUCCGUCACCGUCAGUCCCUCGUCACCGUCAGUCCUCCGUCACCGUCAGUCCUCCGUCACCGUCAGUCCUACGUCACCGUCAGUCCCUCUCGUCACCGUCAGUCCUCCGUCACCGUCAGUCCUCCGUCACCGUCAGUCCUCCGUCACGUCAGUCCUCCGUCACCGUCAGUCCUCCGUCACGUCACGUCGUCCCGUCACCGUCACGUCCUCCGUCACCGUCAGUCCUCCGUCACCGUCAGUCCUCCGUCAGUCCUCCGUCAGUCCUCCGUCACCGUCAGUCCCUCGUCACCGUCAGUCCUCCGUCACCGUCAGUCCCUCGUCACCGUCAGGCCCUCGUCACCGUCAGUCCUCCAUCACCGUCAGUCCUCCGUCACCGUCAGUCCUCCGUCACUGUCAGUCCUCCGUCACUGUCAGUCCCUCGUCACUGUCAGUCCCUCGUCAAGUCAGUCCCUCGUCACCGUCAGUCCCUCGUCACGUCAGUCCUCCGUCACCGUCAGUCCUCCGUCACCGUCAGUCCCUCGUCACGUCAGUCCUCCGUCACCGUCAGUCCUCCGUCACGUCAGUCCCUCGUCACGUCAGUCCUCCGUCACCGUCAGUCCCUCGUCACGUCAGUCCUCCGUCACCGUCAGUCCUCCGUCACCGUCAGUCCUCCGUCACCGUCAGUCCUCCGUCACAUCAGUCCCUCGUCACGUCAGUCCUCCGUCACUGUCAGUCCUCCGUACCGUCAGUCCCCCGUCACGUCAGUCCUCCGUCACCGUCAGUCCUCUGUCACGUCAGUCCCUCGUCACGUCAGUCCUCCGUCACCGUCAGUCCUCUGUCACGUCAGUCCCUCGUCACGUCAGUCCUCCGUCACCGUCAGUCCUCCGUCACCGUCAGUCCUCCGUCACCGUCAGUCCUCCGUCACGUCAGUCCCUCGUCACGUCAGUCCUCUGUCACUGUCAGUCCUCCGUCACCGUCAGUCCCCCGUCACGUCAGUCCUCCGUCACCGUCAGUCCCUCGUCACGUCAGUCCUCCGUCACCGUCAGUCCUCUGUCACGUCAGUCCUCCGUCACCGUCAGUCCUCCGUCACCGUCAGUCCUCCGUCACCGUCAGUCCUCCUUCACCAUCAGUCCCUCGUCACCGUCAGUCCUCCGUCACCGUCAGUCCUCCGUCACCGUCAGUCCUCCUUCACCGUCAGUCCCCCGUCACGUCAGUCCCUCGUCACGUCAGUCCUCCGUCACCGUCAGUCCUCUGUCACGUCAGUCCUCCGUCACCGUCAGUCCUCCGUCACCGUCAGUCCUCCGUCACCGUCAGUCCUCCUUCACCAUCAGUCCCUCGUCACCGUCAGUCCUCGUUCACCGUCAGUCCUCCUUCACCGUCAGUCCUCUGUCACGUCAGUCCCUCGUCACGUCAGUCCUCCGUCACCGUCAGUCCUCUGUCACGUCAGUCCUCCGUCACCGUCAGUCCUCCGUCACCGUCAGUCCUCCUUCACCGUCAGUCCCUCGUCACGUCAGUCCUCCGUCACCGUCAGUCCUCCAUCAGCGUCAGUCCUCCGUCACGUCAGUCCUCCGUCACCGUCAGUCCUCCGUCACCGUCAGUCCUCCGUCACCGUCAGUCCUCCGUCACCGUCAGUCCUCCGUCACCGUCAGUCCCCCGUCACGUCAGUCCUCCGUCACCGUCAGUCCUCUGUCACGUCAGUCCCUCGUCACGUCAGUCCUCCGUCACCGUCAGUCCUCUGUCACGUCAGUCCUCCGUCACCGUCAGUCCUCCGUCACCGUCAGUCCUCCUUCACCGUCAGUCCCUCGUCACCGUCAGUCCUCCGUCACCGUCAGUCCUCUGUCACGUCAGUCCCUCGUCACGUCAGUCCUCCGUCACCGCCAGCCCUCCGUCACGUCAGUCCUCCGUCACCGUCAGUCCUCCUUCACCGUCAGUCCCUCGUCACCGUCAGUCCUCCGUCACCGUCAGUCCUCCUUCACCGUCAGUCCCUCGUCACCGUCAGUCCCUCGUCACGUCAGUCCCUCGUCACGUCAGUCCCUCGUCACGUCAGUCCCUCGUCACGUCAGUUCUCCGUCACUGUCAGUCCCUCGUCACGUCAGUCCUCCGUCACGUCCUCCGUCACGUCAGUCCCUCGUCACGUCAGUCCUCCGUCACCGUCAGUCCUCCGUCACCGUCAGUCCUCCGUCACGUCAGUCCUCCGUCACCGUCAGUCCUUCGUCACCGUCAGUCCUCUGUCACGUCAGUCCUCUGUCACGUCAGUCCUCCGUCACCGUCAGUCCUCCGUCACCGUCAGUCCCUCGUCACCGUCAGUCCCUCGUCACCGUCAGUCCCUCGUCACCGUCAGUCCCUCGUCACCGUCAGUCCCUCGUCACCGUCAGUCCCUCGUCACCGUCAGUCCUCUGUCACGUCAGUCCUCCGUCACCGUCAGUCCUCCGUCACGUCAGUCCUCCGUCACCGUCAGUCCUCCGUCACCGUCAGUCCUGUCACGUCAGUCCUCUGUCACGUCAGUCCUCCGUCACCGUCAGUCCCUCGUCAGUCCCUCGUCACCGUCAGUCCCUCGUCACCGUCAGUCCCUCGUCACCGUCAGUCCUCCGUCACCGUCAGUCCCUCGUCACCGUCAGUCCCUCCUCACCAUCAGUCCAUCUUAACGGCGCCACUCAGAGACAGCCCUGA